AUGGCUUUCUCCUACUCGUACGAGGGCAGGGCCCAAAAAAUGAUAAAGUGCUUUUGCGGCUGCUCAGAAAUCUCUGUGGAGGAACUCCUUCGCAUUAAAGAUUUGAUUGGAAGGGUUAUGGACAUUCUUUCGGACCCGCCAGCCGCAAAGCUACUCCGCGAGUUCAUGGAAGAAAGGCGAUCCGGCGAUAGGAAUUUAGCCGAGCAGUACCUGGACAUCUUCGAGAAGUGCGCCCAACUAAAAGCACAGCCCACCAUAACCACGGAAGAUUUGGACGAGCUUAUCAACUUGGGCUUGCCUUAUGAACUGGAGAAGGAUCUAAAGGACAACCGAAUGGAAAGCAGGGAUUUUCUGAAUCGCAUCGAAACCAAAUGUUGCAACAUAAUUGAGGCGAGUGCAGACUUUCGUGAUUUUGAGUUAGCAAUAGCUAAAAAAGUGCAACAGGUACCGAAGGAAAUGAAAUAG